AUGAAAGUAUUAUCUGCUUUUACCGCCGAUCUAUGCAAAUUAUCUGCACAUCCUGAUGAAGAAGAAGAACUUAUUACACCAGGUGUUGGGUUUCGUGUUGAACGCGUUGACUUUAAUCAUGAGACAAACAAACAUUUGAUCUGCUUGGAACUCAGACAACGUUGGUCUAUGGCACACAAAGUCGACAUCAAAACUCUUCAGGACAACGAAGAAGCAUAUGCUCCAUAUGGUCCUGUGAAAAUUCUACCGUCACAUGGUUACAAAAAAAGUACAACAUCAAAAAACUAG